AAUACACAUCACACAUACUAAGAGGGACACAUUACAAUAUGUCCUUCUCCAUCAUCCAACACCAAGCCCACAUCCCUCCCCAGUUCAUCUGGCCCGAGCACGAGCGCCCGUGCCCGGAGGCGCCCCCGGCCCUCGACGUCCCCCCAAUAGACCUCGGGGGGUUCACGUCGGGGGACCCUGAAGCCGUGGGCAAUGCGGCCCGCCUCAUCGACCAGGCCUGCCGCCGCCACGGGUUCUUCCUAGUGGUGAACCACGGCAUCGACGCGGACCUCAUCGGGCGGGUCCACUCCGCGACCGACAUGUUCUUCAGCAUGCCGGCCGCCGAGAAGGAGAAGGCGAUGAGGAAGGCCGGCGAGCACUGCGGCUACGCCAGCAGCUUCACCGGCAGAUUCUCGUCGAAGCUCCCCUGGAAGGAAACGCUGUCGUUUGGGUACAGCGCGGAGGCCGGCCUGGUGGAGAGCUACUUCUCCGAGACACUGGGAGAAGAGUACGGCGCAUUCGGGAGGGUUUUAGAGGAGUACUGUGAGGCGAUGAGCGGAGUGUGUUUGAAGGUGAUGGAGGUUUUGGGAGUGAGUUUAGGAGUUGGGGCAGAUUGCUUCAGGGAUUUCUUCAUAGGGAACGAAUCGAUGAUGAGGCUGAACUACUACCCGCCAUGUCAGCAGCCAGAGGCGGCGCUGGGGACUGGGCCCCACUGCGACCCCACAUCGCUGACCAUCCUUCAUCAGGACCAAGUCGGGGGGCUGGAGGUGUACGUUGAUCAGAAAUGGCACUCCAUCGCUCCCAACCCGCACGCGUUUGUGGUCAACAUCGGAGACACCUUCAUGGCGCUGUCGAAUGGGAUCUAUAAAGGGUGCCUGCACAGGGCCGUGCUCAACAGCGCCGCGCCGCGCAGAUCCAUCGCCUUCUUUUUAUGUCCGGGAAAGGACAGGGUGGUGUCGCCGCCGCAGGAGCUGCUUUCGCAGGGGAGGCUCUAUCCGGAUUUUAAGUGGCCCGCGCUGCUCGAGUUCACGCAGAAACACUAUCGUUCCGAUGUGAAGACGCUCGACGCCUUUGUUGCUUGGCUUCAUUCAACCCCCAAAUCUUAAUUAAUUAAGCUUUCUGUUUGUGGAGUCUUUGUUUUGUUUUUCAAUCGGCUAUCGUUUAUAGAUAUGUAUGGUGCAUCCUUCAUUUCUGGUGAUGCAUCUCUGCUAUUUCUGUUGCUGCUCUUCUUAUUUAUGUUUUUAUUUAUUUUCAUCAUCAAUUAAUGAUUGGAGGAAUUCAUUGUCUUACUA